CGAGGGAGGGAUGGUGUGCAGUGAGGAAGGAGCACGCGAACCAUACCGCCGCGUGAGCAUGGUAAGAUGCCGAUCCACAAUGUCCUCCUUUACGUCCUUUUGGCGUCUGCGCUGACAGCAUUCAGCCAUCCUCACUCCAUAUGCAAAGUGAAUCAAUGGAGGGCUUUGUGUAACAGCAACCAACUCUCUUCUAUUCCCACUGAUUUACCACAACAAAUAGAAGAGCUCUUUUUGGAUUACAACCCUCUCAUAAAAUUACAGAAUGGCUAUUUUUCAAGAUAUCCUUUUAUUCGAAUCUUGAGCUGUGCAAACUGUCAUUUAAGGACAGUAGAGGACCAGGCUUUCUCAAGUUCACCUCUAUUAGAGAGCCUCAAUUUAGCCAACAAUGAGCUUCAACAUGGAUACAAGCAGUUUGCUCAGUCUCUGAGCUCUUUAACCGGGCUAAGAACUCUGGAUCUUUCUGGCAAUGGGCUUACAGAGGACAUGGCUGCUAAAAUUCUACAAAACAUCACAUCUCUUGAAACCCUGAAUUUGUCCAAGAACGUUCUUCUAAGAUUGGACGAGUCAACAUUUAGAGACCUUCAUCAGCUCAAGGAACUGAAUGUUGAAAGGAAUGUUUUGUUUGAGAUUGAUGCUGCAUUUGAUCACCUAACAAAGCUCAGAUGGCUAAACUUGGCAUUUAACUCUCUGUCCUGCCUCAUACAAUUUGAAUUGACUCAAUUAUUGGUGCUAAAUGCCAGUCACAACCAAAUUGAAUGGUUUAUAAGCAAUCAGGACCUUACAGAACCCUUUGAGCUGGAGACACUGGACCUGUCUGACAACCAGCUUCUGUAUUUUCCUUUCCUUCCUAUGCACAGUCAUAUUAAAACACUGUUAUUAUCCAAUAACUACAUAAGCUUUUAUGGCCAUCUUUCUCAAAUCAUUUCUUUAAACUGGACAACUAGUGUUGAGUUUUACAAUUUGGGUAAAAACGUCACCAAUAUUACAGCAGAACUCUGGAAUGAUGACCUACAUGGAGAUAUAUCUUCAGUGGAAAUGCUGGAUCUUAGUGUUAACCAGGUAAGAUACUUCCCUGAGAGAUUUCUUCAGAAAAUGCCUCACCUCUACUGGCUGAAGAUAAAGAGCAACUGUUUGGAGUCACUGAAUUUAACAGGAGAAGAUUUGCCUGUCACCCUAUAUGAGCUGGAUGUGAGCAAUAACAGACUAACAGAACUGCAAGCACAACCAAGCUCAGUCAGUGAGCUAAAUAACCUUACUUAUUUGAACCUGAGUUUAAACAACAUACAAAAACUUCCCCCUAGAGUGUUCACUACACUUCCCAGUCUCAGCAUUGUGGAUCUCAGUUACAACACAGUGGGAUUAUGCCAUCCAGGAGAGCUUGGCAGUUCUAACUCUACAGUCUGUGCUGUUUGGACAAAUCUUUCCAAUUUAAAACAACUUCAUAUUGCUGGAUGUAGUAUAAAUAGUCUUCCUCCUUUGGUUUUUGAUGGUACACCACUUACACAUCUUGAUCUAUCUAACAACCAAGACCUUCUCAUUACACAAGACUGUUUGCUGGCUCUCAGUGGAACUUUGCAGCACCUGAGUCUGAGCAACACUGGCUUGCAAAGUUUUGACUUUUCCUCAUAUCAACAUUUAACAUUUUUAAACAUUUCCAGAAACUCAAUUUUGGAGAUUCCUAAAUCUUUAAGCACAUUUAAUUUGAAGCUACUGGACUUGAGCUACAACAUGCUGUCAACUGUCGAACCUGAACAUGCAAAUAUGCUAGCUAAGAAAGUGCAAACAGUUUAUCUGAAUGGAAAUUCUUUCAACUGCUGCCAGUUAGACUGGUACAGAACAUUUAAGGAGUCUAAGACACUUCACGUGGCUGACCUCUCAGAGAUUACAUGUAUCGACCGACACCAGCGGAGACUACAAGCUGGGCUUUCUGACUUUACACUUUGUGAUGGCAGAAGCACUGAGGAAUCAAUUUUCUGGUACAUUCUGCUAUUUUUAUCUGUUAGCGUAUCACUGGUGGGUAUUUCUGUCAUUUAUUUUCUUACAUUCAAACCAAAACUGCUGCCCCGCGUGAUUAAAAAGAAAUGUUGGAGGCAGACAACAUACUAAAAAAAACACCCCACACACACAACCAUUAUAAAAAUCAUCAAAUAAAGCAGAUACUAAAAUAUUGAUGUUGUUUAUGGUGUGAAGACACAAAAAAAGUCAUCCUAACUAUUUGUAAUCAAGUUCCUUGUUUACUGUACAGGAUAUGAAGGCACAUGAUUGUCAGUUUUAAACUGAUAUGAACUGUGAACAAAAUUUGUUUUUGUGUAAAUACUUUAUACAGACACUGUCAGGUUUAGUUUGGUACACAUCAUGUAUAACGUCUAUAAAAGGUCACAUGUUG